CCUCAACACUGACGGCUCCGUCAUUCAUGAGUCAGGUCGGGCCCCCAGCAGGCGGCCUGAUUCGAGAUCACCGAGGAUGAUGCCUUGCAGCAUUUGCUAUGAACUUGGGUGCUUGCUCCAUCACCCGAGCGGAGUUGAGGGGCGCUAUGGAAGGGCUUCAGCUGGCUUGGAACUUGAGAUUCAGGCGGGUCCAACUGGAACUCGACUGCAAUGUGCAGUCCUCCUUCUGCGUAGUCGAGAUUGUCCGGAACACCCUCAUGCAACCAUUAUCCAUCGCUUUCAGGAGAUGUUGCAUGGAGACUGGGAUGUCACUAUUCACCACGUCUAUAGGGAAGGCAACAAAUGAGCUGAUUUCCUUGCAAAUUAUGGCCAUUCCUUACCUGUUGGCCUUCAUACUGUAUCUAGUUCGAUGCCGGAUUUUCAUCAGAUUCUCUUGUACGACUGUUAAGGUCUCUCUGAGACUCGUUUGGUUGUGAAUGAAAGCUAGAUGCGCUGCGUCCAUUUAUAAAAAAAAAAUACAUUCUAGUUUUACAUAUAUGAAGUUGAACUACAAGAUAUAAUAUGUCCACCAUCUAUCUGAACCUGAUUGACAACAUAAUGUUUAUAUUUAAACCUUUCCUAACAACUUCAAUUAUUGAGAUCGAAUUUCUCUUUUACCUAUUAUCACUUGCAAGUUGCAUAGUUGCAUUGCAUUAUACACACGUUUUAAUUUUUAUGUUCUUGGAAAAAAACUAGGACCCAUAGCCAUAUUAUCUCCUCCAACAAAUCUCCAUUUGUAGGAUCGAUGCUCCCACUUGUGUUGUGUCUAUGAGAUUGGAUAGGGAUUCCCAAGAAUGUCAAAGAGCAUAAAGUUUCCAUAUCCAUGCAUCUUUUUUAGCACUCCUAUAUGGCUACUAUAAUGAUCUUCACUAGCCAUCAGAUCUCCCAUAGAUAAGAUUUAGAUGCGGUGACUGACCUAUUUUUCGAAGCCACAACUUUUACGUACUAAUAAUUAGAGAGAUUUCAAUUUAUAAAAAAAAAAAAAAAAAAAAGUACAGCUAGUAGUUCAGUCAAUAGCAUCGAGCAAUCGUGAAAAUAUGUUCUCAUUUAGGCACCCUGAAACACACGUUCUCAUAGACAUCAUGUGAACACCGCAACCGGAUUGAUGGACAUCGUGUGAACACCGCAACUGGAUUGAUGGGCAUCCCAAGAUUGAUAAAUGUGGGUUGAAUAAAGUAAUGUCAAUAUGUGAAUAAUCAAUUUUGGAGGUAAAUAAUAGAGUGAAGAUGCUUCUUUUUCAUUUUAAUCGACGAAACUGACAAAUCUCACACACUUGUGAAUGAGUAAAAAAUGUCAGGAUUGAAAAUUCCACUGAAUUUGUAAGGUAUUCUAUCAAACUAGAUUUGGUAUUCAAGAUUAAUAAUACUAUACUUCAUUUGGCAAGCACCUCGGAUUUUGAUAUGGUGCUCACAACCCAAUAUGUGAGAACGUGCUCACGAUGACGUGUGGUUGUCAGAUCACAAGUUCGGUACUCCACGAUCGCUGAAUGUGGUGGCAACUUUACAAAUAAAACAUCAUUCUUGUCCAUCUAAAGACGGCAGAGCACCAAACACGCAAUCCGACAACUGAACACCUUCUGAACUCGUUCUCAUAGACAUCGUGCGAACACCACAACCGGAUUGAUGGGCAUCCCAAGAUUGAUUGAUAUUUGGCACUUAAAAAUGAACUGGCACCCUGUUUUAAGCCAUAGGUUGGAAAGAAUUGGGAUCUGGUUUUAGGCAACUAGAUGCCAAGUCAUGUUAAGAUAUGGAGUGGGGGUGGACCGAUGGAUGCCUCCAAAUUCCGGAUUGGCACCAAAAGUUUGUCCGACAGGCAGCAUUCCAAUUUUAUCUCCGUACUUCCUAGGGCAAAAGACACAAGAGGACAAAUUCCUUGCUAUAAAAAUGAGGUGAGUUUGCAAGCCAAUCUUCUCCAAAGACCAAUGCCAACUCCUCUCUCCCACUUUAAAGGAAGCAAGAAGAUGGCAUAGGCCAGUCACUCACUACAAUCAACCCACACCAUUUUCUCUCCUUUGUUCUUGUUGCUCUCAAUAUGUGUUUCUCUGGAUUCAUGGUUUCAAGGCAGUUUGGUUGCUCACUCUCCUUCAAGGGCUUCCGCACGGACUCGCCACCCGCCGCCGAGAGAUAACUCGAUCUGCGGUGGUGGUGAGUUCGAUCGGAGGCUCGAUGCUGGAGAGUAAGAAAGCUCUGUCUUGAUACAGCUGGUUAGACAGUUUUCUAAGAACGAUAUUAAUGCAUCCAUCAUCCUGCUUGAGGUAUGUAUGUUGUUGAUCUAUGAACAAUCAUAUUAUAUGUCAAAUGUCAUUAGUUGUUACGUCUUUCCUCCUUGAUACUCUCGGCAUUUGCUUGAACGUCCCUAUAAAUAUCAAAACUACAA